GUUUUCACGGUGUUAUGUGUUAGUGCAAGUGAUCACGAAGAUAAGAAGGAUAUGGAUCAUACAUUGUAUAAGAGCAUGGGAGUUGAACUCCAGUUUCUGUUAAUGAAGUUCGAUACUGUGUCGCGCCAGCUGUAUAACAUUACAGGAAAGCUGCAGAGUAUGGAAGACAAUCUGAAGAGUAUGGAAAACAAUCUGAAAAGUAUGGAAGACAAGAUGCAACAAUCAGAAAUUAAGAUGCUGCAGAAGGUUGAGGACAUGAUCCAGGAACAUCGAUCCAGACCAGAGAAAAGUGAAAAAGAAAUGUUCGCCCUGCUUCAAAAAUUGGAAAAUCAACUCGCAGUAAAUUUACGCAAAGUUCCCGACAAUCUCCAGGUUGAUCGAUCCAGCCAAUAUAAGAACAAUAAAAAAAUAUUCGCGGCGAUUAAACAACUUGGACGUCAAAUCGCUUUUAAUAUAAGUGAAGUUCACAAUCGAAACCAAGAAAAAGUCCAAACAGCACUUCAUAAGCUCGAUCAAGACGUCGACAACGUGCAUAACAUCACUCGGCAAGUAAUGAAUACCUUACCUCAACUGCAGCAACUAAAUGCAAUUAUGCUGAAUCAGUGUUAUGUAACACCAACGGAAAAAAGCGCCUCAACGACAACGACCACAACACCGAAACCUAUGCAACCUCCGUUUUCCUCGUGUAAAGAUGUUCCUUCGAAAGUGUCUGGAACGUAUCUGAUUCGUGUGAAUAAUGAUAGUGAACCGUUCAAAGUGUAUUGCGAACAAAAAUCUUUCGGUGGUGGAUGGAUAGUGUUUCAGUACCGUUUCGACGGAUCACUGGACUUUUAUCGAGGCUGGAAUGAGUUCCGCGAUGGAUUUGGUGAUUUGAACAAAGAGUUCUGGUUAGGUCUUGAGAAGGUCCACCAGAUAACAAGAGGCCGAAAACACGAACUGAUUGUUGAAUUGAAAGACUUUAAUGGAACAUACAAGUACGCACGGUAUGAUGCAUUCGAAAUAGGUAGUAAGAGUGACCAAUACGACUUGAAGGAUCUUGGAAAUCAUAGUGGAACUGCAGGUGAUGCGAUGUCUGCUUUUAAGGGAAUGAAGUUCUCAUCCAAAGAUCGGGAUAAUGAUGUGAGUACCUUCCAUUGUGCAAAAGACUUCGAAGGUGCAUGGUGGUACAAGGGUUGUACUCGCGCGAAUCUGAACGGGCGAUACAUCAAUGAAAUCGAUUAUAGAUCAAUGAGUUGGUAUUUUUUCAAAACCAACUGGCAAGGAUUAAGUUACUCGCGAAUGAUGAUCCGAGAGCUGGAAUAGCGUU